UUCCGGUUCAAAAACAUGGCUAACGUGUAGUUCUAACAUUUCUAAAUAAGAACGUAUUUCUUAUAUAGAUUUAUGAUUAAAUGAUAUAAAUUACCAAUAUAUUUAUAUUUUUAUAUAUACUAUUAUAAGAUAUUUCUUUGAAAAUGACACGCGCCUGAAAACAUUUGUUAAUUAAUUAUUUUUUUACGUCGUUUGAAUGCGAGUUCGCGAAAUCGAAAGUGAUUGCACAACCAACCUCUUACCAAAAUGGCGGACUCAACAACAUCUACUGCUGAUAUUCUUAAAAAAUAUGCUUUGAAAGUUGCUGUAUCAAGUGUUAAAGAAAGAACCAAAGCUAUUAAUGAUGUCAUUGACAUUGUUGACAAAGGAGCACUUCCUGAGGCAGCAGUGAAGGGCAUUUUUCAUUUUCUAGUCCAGGUGUUGGGACUCUACCGUGAUAACUUGUCCAGGCAUGUUGCCCUCAGGCUUGUAAAUAGUGUCACAAAAGCUCACUUUGAGGCAUCAGUGAAGCUUUUAACAUCAUCGCUGGAGAAGUUUGCACAAGACCAAAUCAAAAUAGUUGUACCCAGCAAAAAUUCAUCAGGGGAUUGCUUACUUGCUUUAUCUUGGACUUGCAUCCCUUUGAGGCAAGCUUUAGCCAACCCUAAUGGACUUUCUGGUGCUACUCUGCAACAGUUGGUCAGCCUCCAGUCUCUUCUGGUCAAUAGAGCCUUAGCUGCCAAUGUUACCAUUUUGAAUAAGGCUACUUACAAGAAACUGAGACGCAUUUGGAAAGAAAUUCCCCAGUCUGUUGACAAAUACACAGAUGUGGUUGCCGGGCUGGAGCAGUCAGCCUUGACUUUACCCUUGAUAGGACUCAUCAUGAAAUACCUGGCAACUAACAAACUCUCUGAAACCAUUCAGAAACACAAGAAUGCAUUCCUUGACAUCUAUUUAAAACAAGUGAUAGCAAGUAGAACUGCACCCUCCAGAGCAGUCCUUUUAAACAAUUCAGAAUUGCUGCGCCACUGUACUCAUGAAGAUUUUAAAGAUUUGAUUCUACCAGCCAUCCAAAAGGCAAUGUUGAGAAACCCUGAAACCAUUCAAGAAACUGUCAGUGAACUUCUGAGCAGUGUGACUCUAGAUUUAAGCCAGUAUGCCAUGGAUAUUGUCAAGUUAUUUUCAGGACAAAUUAGCUCCAAAGAAGAAUCCAAUAGAGUUAUCGCAGUUCAGGCUGUUAAAAAUUUAGCUCGUCAGUGUAGUGACCCUGGGGCUAUUGAAAAAGUUGCCAAUCAUCUUUUUAAAGUUCUUGGAGGUUCAGAAGGCAAGCUGACGUUUGCUGACCAGAAGAUCAGUGUGUUGCAAGGUAUAGGCAAUUUGGUGUAUAACACAGUCAGUGGCACCAAUUCCUUGCAGUCACUAAGCACUACCAUUUCUGAAAUGUUUUUACCUACACUCCAGCAGGAAGUUCAUGAAGGUACUUUGGUUCAUACAUUGUCCAUGUUAAGCUUGUGGUGUGCUAAAUUCUACACGGAUGUACCAGACAAACUCUUGUUGUGGUUUCCGAAAGGCAUAGCUUUGAAAACAUCAACUUCAGCUGUCAGAAAUGCUUACUUUAGGUGCAUGAAUGCAGCAUUCCACGGUGACACUCUCCAGCAGGCAGUUCACAUCUUACCUAUAUUGAUUCAAGCCUUAGAGAAAGCUGAAAAGCAGCCUACUUUACCACAGCUAAUGUCAGAGGCAGUUGCCUCCUCUUGUCUUCUGAUCAAAAUUUCAUUAGUUGAUAUUCAAGCAGAUACAAAAUUAAGCCUUUUUUGGAACAUAAUACUGGAUAGCAAGAAACAGUAUCUUGUAAAUGAGAAGUUUUUAUCUUCUGCUUCAGAAGAUACUUUGUUAAGUUUAAUUUUCUUGUUGGAGAAACUCAUUCUGGACUACCCAACAAAGAUGACAGAUGAAAUAUCUAGACCAUACUACAGAGCCCUCAUAUUUUGCUUGUGUCGUCGUUCUUGGGCUGUAAGGCAUGCUGCUCAGCUCUCUACCAAGAAACUUCUGGCACUGCUUGGUGGAGCCAAAAUUGCUUUAGCCCUCAUUCAAGAAUUUCAAUGUGUUCUGGAUACACAAAAGAUUUCUGAGCUGCAUCUGUCCUUAGCUAAGGAAGAAGAAAGUACAAAGACAGAAGGAACAGAAAGUGUUGCUUUUAGCAAGGUUGUGAGUCCAGCCAUCAUGGCCUCUACUUUACAGACCAUUUGUGCUGUUGAAAAGGUUGAUCAGAAGGAUGCAGAGAAGAUAGCCCUGACAACAUUGCUCCCAGCUCAUCACCCAUAUAUAUUUUAUGUGAAAAAAGACUUGUGGAUUACAAUUAUUAGAGGUGUUAACCUGGAUCCAAGCAAUUUUGUUUCUCAGUUUUCUGAAGAAUGCUUAUCAAAAGUAACAACCGGUGACAGACUUUCAGAAGCUGAAGAAAAUACAGUAUCGACUCUGGCAUUUUUGAAUCCUGGUGUGAUUGUUCCAUGUUUGAUCAGUCAAGCCAAGAGCAUCCUUGCCAAUCCUGCUUUGUUCCAAGUCACUAAUGAUGAUUAUGGGAUCUUCUUGACUCCUGAUGGAGAGUUAUACGAUAAGGCUAUACUUGAAAGUGCAAUGCAGUCAGCUGGCGGUGAUCAGAAUAUCAGAAGAGAAAACAAACUUUAUUCUUAUGCUGACCAAAUGGCUGAACUGGAGUUGAGAAAGGAAAUUGAGAAGAAGAAAGGUAAGAAACCACAAGAAGCUCCCAAAUUCAGCAAGAAACAAGAGGAACAACUUGCUGCUCAGAAACAGAAAGAAUCAGAAAUCAGGGAAAGACUCAGAGCGCUGAACAAAACUGUGCUCUUUGCCUGUACUACUGUGGAAGCCAUCCUGAAGGUGCUGAAUGAUGACAUAUCUGUGCAUGUCAAGGACAUCUAUGACUCAGUGGUGCCACUGCUUAAGUCUCCGUUGGGUGCACCAUCUUGCAGGAAUUUGUUCAUCAGUUUGGGCAGAGCAGCAUUUGACAGUAAAAGUUUAGGAAACUUGGUCGCACAUGCCACACUGCGUCUCCUAAAGCCUGCUUGCAGUUUAAACCCUGCUUGGCUGGAAGAGAAACAAUUGUUACAGACAAGUCGAGCUGUAAACACCUUAUAUAAUAUUGCUGUUUUUGAACCAAAAGACAAUAAUGAAGAAAGAAGUAUCGGGGAAGGCACUAUUGAGGAUGAGGAGUCCAAAUGUUUCUCCGGGCCCACCUUCUGCUACAUUUACUAUCUUCUUCGCUGCGUGCUGGACAAUGGAGGCCGUGCUGUGAAAUCUGAUAUGAAUGUCUGCACACAAGCUCUGAAACUCAUUUUAGAGCAUGCCAAAAUGAGAAGGACAGAAACUGAUAUACAAGCUGUAGAUGUGUAUGACCCUGACCUGUUGCCAAGGAAACAGAUGCUGGAAAUUGUUCUGAGGGUUGUUGGGACUUAUCCACCAGAAGUGCAGCAGCUAGCCAAUGACACCUUGCUUGAGAUAGCCAGAGCUGCCAAUGGGGAUGAUGGUGCAACAGAAGCAACACCUGAAGAAAUUGAGGUUUUGCUAAAGGCUUUGCAGUCACCAGCCGCCACUGUUAGAGACAUAGCAUUGCAGUGUCUGACUGAACUUGCAUUAGUUCUACCAUCUAUGGAUGAAAACCUGGAAGUGGGACUCUCUAUAGCCAAACAUAUCUGGAUUGUGUGCAAUGAUCCUGAGACGCCUAUACAGCAGCUAGCCACAAAUCUCAGGAAUAACUUGGACUUGGGGGAACCAUGUGAGGAGCUCUGUGCUGCAAUUGUUGAGGAUUGCAUUCAUGACAAUGAGGUGGUACGUUCCAGCGCUGCACUUGCCUUGGCCCAGGUCCUCAGUAAACAUCCUUCCCAGAUCCCCUGCAUAUUGAGGACAUUGUUGGAUCAAUACGAAGCAAAACUUUAUCUGCCACCACCAAAAAUAGAUGAGUUUGGACGCCAGGUUGAAGAACAGCCAACAGACAUGUGGCCAGCCAGGUCAGGCAUUGCUUUGGCUCUAAAGCAGAUUUCCCCAUUGCUAACAGAGCAGCAGAUUCCAUCUCUGUUUUCCUUCUUUGUGCCUCAAGCCUUAAAUGACAGGGCAGCAGAAGUGAGGUCUGGUAUGAGAGAUGCUGCCCUGGCUGCCAUCCAGUCUCAUGGAAAGGAAAAUGUGAACAUACUGUUGCCAACUUUUGAAAACUUCUUGAUCACUGCCCCAGCCAUAGCAGACUAUGAUCCAGUCCGACAGAGUAUUGUCAUUUUAAUGGGAAACCUAGCCAGACAUUUAGAUGCUGACAACCCCAAAGUGAAACCCAUUGUGGCCCAGUUGAUAGCAGCCCUGUCCACUCCUUCACAAGAGGUGCAAGAAGCUGUUGCCAACUGCCUGCCAGCUCUUGUUCCUUUUAUCAAGUCUGAUGCUCCCAAUCUUGUGUCCAAGCUUCUAUCCCACUUGCUUGACUCUGACAACUAUGGUGAGAGAAAAGGUGCAGCUUACGGUCUUGCUGGGCUUAUCAAAGGAAUGGGCAUCCUAGCAUUGAAACACCAGCAGGUGAUGGAAACUCUGACUGAAGCCAUUCAGGACAAAAAGAACCCAAGGAAACGAGAGGGUGCUCUGCUUGCUUUUGAGAUGCUGUGUAACAUGUUGGGACGUCUGUUUGAGCCCUACAUUGUGCACAUCAUACAGCAUCUGCUGUUGUGUUUUGGUGACAGCAAUCAGUAUGUCAGAGAGGCAGCAGAUGACUGUGCCAAGUCUGUGAUGAGGAACCUUAGUGCACAUGGUGUGAAACUGGUUCUGCCUUCCCUUCUUAAAGGUCUUGAAGAGGAUGCAUGGAGAACAAAAGCAGGUUCUGUGGAGCUUCUCGGGGCUAUGGCCUUCUGUGCUCCAAAACAACUCUCUGCCUGUCUGCCCAGCAUUGUUCCUAAACUGACUGAAGUUUUGACUGACUCUCAUUUAAAGGUACAGAAAGCUGGAUCACAGGCCCUGAUGCAGAUUGGUUCUGUCAUUAGAAAUCCAGAAAUUCAAGCCAUUGUAACUAACCUUUUGGAAGCUUUGCAAGAACCUACUCGAAAAACCACAGGUUGCUUAGAAAAAUUGCUGAUGACCAAAUUUGUUCACUUUGUGGAUGCACCUUCCCUUGCCUUGAUUAUGCCUGUUAUCCAGAGGGCAUUCCAAGACAGGACAACAGACACAAGAAAAAUGGCUGCUCAGAUUAUGGGGAACAUGUAUUCACUGACAGAUCAAAAGGAUCUGUCUCCCUACUUGCCCUCUGUUAUCCCAGGUCUGAAACAGUGUUUGCUUGACCCAGUUCCAGAGGUCAGGACUGUCUCAGCCAAAGCUCUUGGUGCCAUGGUCAGGGGCAUGGGGGAGGAUACUUUCCAAGACCUGCUGCCUUGGCUGAUGGAGAAGUUGGUCUCCGAACAGAGCUCUGUCGACAGGUCUGGAGCUGCACAAGGUCUCUCUGAAGUCAUUGGUGGUAUGGGAGAAGACAAGCUGAAGAAACUGAUGAAUGACAUUAUUCAAACUGCUGAACGGUCAGACCUGAUGUCACACGUCAGAGAUGGGUACAUCAUGACCUACAUUUACCUCCCCUCAGUAUUUGGUGCUACCUUUGUCCAGUAUGUUGGUCCAAUUCUGCCAUCUAUUCUACAAGCUUUAUCUGAUGAGAAUGAGUUUGUGCGAGACACAGCCCUCCGUGCUGGCAAACGUAUUAUCAAUCAGUAUGCUGAAACAGCUGUUGAGCUUUUGUUGCCAGAGUUAGAGAAAGGUUUGUUUGAUGACAACUGGAGGAUUAGGAACAGUUCAGUCCAGCUGCUUGGUGAUCUACUGUACAAAGUCUCAGGUGUAUCAGGAAAAAUGACCACAGAAACCGCAAAUGAAGAUGAUAAUUUUGGAACAGAAUCUUCUCAACAAGCUAUGAUGAAAGCUUUGGGAAGUGAACGCCGUAACAGAGUCCUAUCUGGCCUGUACAUGGGAAGGUCUGACACUGCUCUGAUGGUUCGCCAGAAUGCUCUCCACGUUUGGAAGAUUAUCGUGGCCAAUACCCCUAGGACUUUGAGAGAGAUUUUGCCUACUUUAUUCCAGCUGUUACUUGGAUGCCUUGCUAGCACAAGUCAUGAUAAGAGAACAGUAGCUGCACGUACCUUGGGUGAUCUGGUAAGGAAGCUGGGUGAAAGGGUGCUGCCUGAAAUUAUCCCCAUUCUUGAAUGUGGUCUGGACUCACCUGAAGCAGAUCAACGCCAGGGUGUGUGCAUUGGCUUGUCUGAGAUCAUGGCUUCAACCAGCAAAGAUCAUGUCUCUGUGUUUGCUGACAGCCUGAUCCCCACUGUGAGGCGAGCACUGAUAGAUCCUCUACCAGAUGUACGCUCUGCUGCUGCCUUUACCUUUGAUAAUCUCCAUCACAACAUCGGACAGAGAGCUCUCGAUGAAAUAUUACCUAAUCUGUUGAGAAAUUUGAAUGAGCCAGCAAUCUCUGAGAGAGCACUAGAUGGUCUGAAGCAAGUCAUGGCUGUCAAGAGCAGAGUUGUCUUACCCUACCUUGUUCCACAGCUGACAGUGCCUCCUGUCAACACACAAGCUCUGUCCCUGUUGUCCUCAGUGGCAGGCGAGGCAUUGACCAAGCACCUUGGUAAGAUCUUACCAGCACUGAUGUCUUCACUCAGUGAGAAAAUAGGUACACCUGAUGAGGAGCAAGAGCUAGAAUACUGCAAGUCAGUUGUCUUGUCAGUUGAAGAUGACCUGGGAGUACGCACAGUGAUGGAAGAUUUGCUUUCUGUGAUAACCCACAACUCAGAUGCAGCUGUAUGCACGGCAGCUGUCCUCAUCCUGAACAUGUUCUGUGCAAACACAUCCGCUGUCAUUUCAGAGUACUUCCCACAGCUUUUUAGAGGUCUGAUUGGUUUGUUUGUACGCUCAGAUGAAAGGCUACUACUAGCUGGAUGGCAUUGUUUGGAUGCUAUCACAAAGAAAAUUGAUUUAACAGAGACAGAAGAGCAUAUAGCUAGUGUCAGACAGGCUCUCAAGUUUACACUAUCUGACUUUAAAGAGAAAGAGUUACCUGGAUUCAGCAUUGCCAAGAAGGGUAUUGCUCCAGUGCUUCCAAUUUUCCGUGAAGGACUUCUGAAUGGAUCGGCUGAGGUGAAAGAAGCUGCAGCUCUGGGUCUUGGUGAGGUCAUUGCUGUAACUGGUGCUGAGGCUCUGAAACCAUCAGUGGUCAACAUCACUGGACCUCUGAUUAGGAUUUUAGGUGACAGAUUUGCUUGGACUUUGAAAGUGGCUGUUCUGGACACUCUCUCCAUGCUUCUAGUGAAGGUUGGUGUCAUGUUGAAGCCAUUCUUACCCCAGCUCCAAACAACAUUUGUCAAGGCCAUUAAUGAUCCAAACCGCUCUGUGCGUCUCAGGGCUGCCUCAGCUUUGGGGAAGCUUAUUUUGAUCCACACCAGAGUGGAUUCAUUGUUUAAUGAGCUGAUAGCUGGCUUCAAGAGUACUGAAGACUUUACCAUCAAAGACACCUUUGUCCAGGCCAUCAGAGCCUGCUUGCAAGGUGCAGGCUCAAAGAUAGCAGACUCCUGUCGAAGACAGUUAACACAGACACUCGUGGGAUUACUGGCCUCUCCUGAAGACAGUACCCGGAUGACUGCUGCAGGCUGUUUGGGUACCUUGUCUGCCUCUCUCCCAGAGAAUGAGUUAUCCGAUUUGAUGAUUCAGCAUCUUCUAGAUACAGAUCCCAGUUUGGACUGGACACUUAGGCAUGGUCGCAGCAUGGCCCUUAGUGUGGCCCUGAAGGAAGCACCAGAGAGAAUUCUGACACCUUCUUUAAGGAAGAAUGUUGAACAAACAAUUGGAAAACUUGUGGCAGCUGAUAGAAUUCCCAUAGGUCUGAGUGGAUUGAGAGCUGCAGGCUAUUUAUUACAGUAUUUAUUGGACUCUGACAAGACAUCAUCAACCAUCACAGAAUUUGAAAGUCUCUUAGUGAAGAGCAUGAAAGCUGAUUCCAAUGAUGUGAAGAUACUGGUGGCACAAAUUAUUUCCUAUUUUGCUGACAAACAAGCUGGGCGUUUCACUGGAGACUUGCUGCUUGUUCCAGCACUGGUGAUGGGCACCAAGGAGAAGAACUCUAUUGUCAAGUCCUGCUGUGAGAGUGCCUUGGUUCAACUGUUGAAACUUAGGAAAGGAGAGCAACUUUAUCAGGAAAUCUUGGUUGGUCUAGACCUAGGCAUGCAAGAUUCACUCAAAGAAGUUGUGUCUCGCUCUUUAAGAAAAUUGGCCACGCAGCCAGAGUCUCCUGUUGAUGAAAUUGAUGACACACUAUUGAAAUAGAAGCUGCUAUUAUCUGUGUAAGUGUUGCCUGGUGUAUAUUCUACAAGAACUGACUGGCACUGUUACUCUCUGGACCUGCUGUGCAAAGUGAUCAUCAUUACAGAUUUCAGCUUUGGUUAGGAUUUCUCAAGUUUCAAGUUGUCAGGGUUGUACCUGUACGUCACCGGUUUCCGAAGAGUGUGAACGAAGAGAGAGAAGAGUGUGUUUUUGUUAUGGAUGCAUUUUUUGUGGAGAGCUGUUCUUUUAUUAAAUAUUUUUGUUUUA